AAUCAGACGAACAGGAACUCCGUCGAUAGUUUGUCCGAUGUCGACCCUCUUCCUAAGCCUUCUCAUUGCUGCUACUAUACUCUUCUCUUCGGCAUUGGGAAACGGGGCUGCUGCUAAGACCUCCUGGAAGUAUCCAUUAGUGGUCAGCACCUGGCCCUUCAAAGAAGCUGUUAGAGCUGCCUGGAGGGCUGUCCACAAUGGCGCUUCUGCAGUUGAUACUGUGGUGGAAGGUUGUUCUGCUUGCGAGGAGCUAAGAUGUGAUGGUACAGUUGGACCUGGUGGAAGCCCAGAUGAGAAUGGGGAAACUACAAUAGAUGCAAUGCUCAUGAACGGGGUGACAAUGGAGGUUGGAGCUGUUGCAGCCAUGAGGUAUGUACGGGAUGGCAUCAAAGCUGCACAAUUGGUGAUGCAAUACACUCAGCACACCAUGCUUGUCGGAGAGCAAGCCUCAAUAUUUGCCAUUUCAAUGGGUCUUCCAGGGCCAACAAACCUAAGCUCUACAGAGUCCUUAGAAAAGUGGGCUAAAUGGAAAGAGAGUAACUGCCAGCCAAAUUUUAGAAAAAAUGUUUCUCCUGCUGACAGCUGUGGUCCUUACCAUCCAGAGCAUGCCUUGGCCUUGGGUAAGAUAACAUGCUCAAUGGCCAACUUGGACGGUCUAAACGAGUCCAGACCGUUCAUAGAUCGUCGCAACCAUGAUACAAUAGCUAUGGCUGUCAUUGAUACUAUGGGACACAUUGCUGCUGGUACAUCAACUAAUGGGGCCACAUUUAAGAUUCCUGGCAGGGUUGGCGACGGACCCAUUGCUGGAUCUUCGGCAUACGCUGAUGCUGAAGUUGGAGCAUGCGGUGCAACUGGGGAUGGUGAUAUUAUGAUGCGAUUUCUUCCAUGUUAUCAAGUUGUAGAGAGUAUGAGGCGAGGAAUGCAACCAGAGCUUGCUGCCAAAGAUGCAAUAUCACGAAUCGCAAACAAGUAUCCUGACUUUACUGGAGCUGUUUUUGCAGUGAACAAGGAUGGUGCCCAUGCAGGUGCAUGCCAUGGUUGGACUUUUCAAUAUUCCGUAAGAAACCCAGGAAUGGACGAUGUGGAGGUGUUUACCGUUCUUCCCUGAGAUUUUAAUGGCUGGCACUGAUGCUCGUCAUUGAGCUUGCCCCUUGCAGGGAUACAAGUGUUUCUUAGUUGUUUGAAGAAUAGAUCCGGAUGCAAAAGGAAGGAUAAUCCCCCCCUGAUUCAUACUAGUUUAUCCGGUUGCUUGAAUCAUUAAUGUCAAAUGAGAAACAUUAUUGGAAUUCGUCUUCAGCCCAAUUAAUGAAGGGAGAUGAAUGAAUGAUUGAAGGGGCUCUCCUUAAUUUUUA